AUGUCCAUCACCCUCCAGAAUAUCUGGCACCUCCGCCGGGUGGCAGACACGGCCUCAAAGGCCUGCUACAUCUGCUACAAGCCAUCAAGCAGUGUUUUGAUCACGCCUGAUAACCGGGAUUUCUUUUACGUCUGCCCUUCCCACCUCAAAGACCGACACUUCUGCUCGCCCAUUGUCGAUACCGAGGCCGUGGCGGCGAAGGCGAAGGAGGAGGCUCUGGCUCGGGAGAUUGAGAAGGUCAAGAGGGAGUAUGAGGAGAAGCAGCAGCGGAAGAAGAAUAGUGAGAAGGAGAAGGCGAAGAAAGAUGAUGAGAAGAAGAAGGAUGGUGAGGGUGAGGAUAAGGAUAAGGCCAUUGAGAAGGAACGGGAUGAGAAGAUUGAGGAGCUCAAGAAAUCAGGGUCCGCGGCGGAUGACUCGCCACGGGUUUUUGCUUUGCAUAAGAACUUCUAUCAAAUGCGCAUCGAUAGAAUGCGUAACGCGGAGAUCGCGAGACGGAAUCGUCAGCGAUUACAAGAUCCUUCGCUGUUUCCGUCUGUUCCGACGGGGGGGCUUUAG